GCCGUACGAUAAAGCCACCCAUUGGGUCGAUGACUGGUGGAGGGAGUAGUAGUGUAAAUGGCACACUCACCAAACGAGUUGAUCCAGAGAUCGUUUCGGUGGUCCUGGAAGAGCAUCUCAACUUGAGAGCUAUGCUUCUUGUACAUGUAGCAGUAGAAGAAGAGGAGGAGCUUGACGCCGAGCGCGGAUGCGACAGCCACCAAAGCGGGGAUAAAGAUUUUGUUGGUCUCUGGGUCACCGGCGCCGUGUUGGAUGAUGGUGCGAAUAGAUUCUACACACACGACGAGAUUGAUAGCGCCCAUCCUGUCCAAGCCAUGGUUAGAUUACAAUAA